AUGGAUCAAAACGAAGCGUCAAGCAAUUAUACACAUAACAACAGCAACACCCAGCAUCCUGCUGAGAAUACAAACACUGCUGCCCCUACCUCGAAUCCAUCCUCAACUCCACAACCCCCAACUACAACACCUCCUCCAGCAACGUCCACAACGACGACGACCAUGCCUACCUCAACGACUGCUGCUGCUCUAGAGGUUCCACCUCCAUCAACAGCCACAGCAACUACUGAACCAACUGCCUCAAGCGCGGCAUCGUCUGUUUCCGUAACCGCGUCUACCGCACCGACCACGACGACGACUACUACCUCGCCAAACCCGACUCCACCGUCGGCUGCACCAGCUACAACGCCCACUGCUCCCGCUGCUCCGACCACUACCACCUCCACCACAGCGCCUUCAAAUGAUGCACCUGCAGCAGCAGCGGCAUGUCAGGCAGAGAUCACUCCAAUGAUGGUCCCCGACCCGAUGUGCCCAACCUGCUACAGCGAGUUUGUCGAAAAGAUCGAGGCUGACAACGAUCCCCGUGCAUUCGCUCCUCCUGCUCUUGCAGUCCCUGUUCAUCUCACAGGGGAACCACACCAGUCUGAAGGCGGACAACAUCCCGAAGGAGAGGGACUAAACCUUCAAGGGCCCGUCAAUCUCGAGGAUCUCUUCCAGCUGUUCCAGGUGUUCUAUACCCCUCAGAGGUCAGAGGCCCAACAACAGCAGCAACGUCAACGACAACAGGAGAUAUAUCAACAACAACAACAACAACAACAACAACAACAACAACAUCAACAUCAAAAUCAGCAACAGCAACAACAACAUACCCCGGGUCAGUUUUUCACGACGGGGACACAAUACAUCUUCACAUCUGGACCUUCGGGUACGACUCGGAUGGUGGCUCCUUUGGGCUCUAGUGGUCCUAUUCCUGCGCAUGGAUCACAGCAGCCUGAAGGUGGACAUACUCUUGGUGGGAACCUUUCUGGAUCAGCGCCGACCACAGAGGGAGGAACCGCAGGAGAAGGUCAGCAUCCACCACCUGUUCCCCAAUGGCAUAGCCCUCCUUCGCUCAUCUCCGGUCUUUUGAGUCGCCUCGGCAUAGAGAUCCAUUACACGACUGACCCAGCUGCACUCUCGGGAGGAUUUGGUGGACCAAUGAGUUUUGGAGGUGGGUUCCCCCCUAUGGUUGGCAACCCUGGUGACUAUGCUUGGGGACAGGGAGGACUCGACGAUAUUAUUACGCGGAUGAUGGAGCUUCAAAAUCGCCAGCAUGGCCCUGUGGGCGCCACGGAGGAGAUCAUUAAUGCUAUCCCUCACCACACUCUGACUGACGAGGAGCUCGAGGCGAAAACAGAGUGCAGUGUAUGUAAGGACGAGUUCGCAAAGGAGGAUAACUCACUCCAGCUGCCGUGCAAGCAUAUCUUUCACGAGGACUGCAUCAAGCCAUGGCUCAAAGUCAGCGGCACCUGCCCCACCUGUCGGUUCUCGUUGGUAGAAGGACAGGACGGUCAGCAUGCAGGUGAUCAUACUCCUGCUCCUCCUGGAGGUCAGGACAACAAUAGCGGCAGUGGAAACAAUGCGCCUCCAGGAGGCAACUCGAACUCAUCUACAGGAGUAGGUCCUGGUGGCGGUGGAGGAUUUUUUGGAUUUGGAUCCGUGCCUCCUGCAUCUUCGGGAACAAGCAUUCCUGGAUCCUUCCCUUCCAACAGCAACAACAACAACGCCACUGGUGGUAACGGUGGUGGUGGUGCUCAGACCCAGUCCGGUGGUUCUCAGAACACCGACCAUAACCUCCCCAUGGAGCCGUUGGAUUAG